AUGCCUGGAGAUUUCCUAGAGGUAAACGAACCACUCUACUAUGAACAACUGUUCAAGGAAUUUGGAAAAACCAAAGAAGAUGUAGAGGAUUUUAUAAAUAUUUUGAAACAAUGGGCCGAUUCUCAACCGCAUUUUCCAGAAAAACCAGCUCAUCACACAUUAAGAUUUGCCAUCCUCUACAACAAAUUCAGCAUAGAAAAGGCGAAGCAAAAGCUAGACAUGUAUUAUACGAUAAGAAACUUGAUGCCAGAAUAUUUUAGAACGAAUCCUUUCACUGCGGAAAUGGUAUUUCAAAGAAAAGUAUGGUUUCUAGUUCCUCUACCAAAAGUGACAGGCGACCACAUACGAAUACUCUAUCACAAAUUGAACCCGGAAUAUCUAGAUCCCAAAUACUUCAGCCAUGAAAAAUUUAUAAUCUUGUUCAUCCAGUUGGUUGAAUAUUUACUGAGAGAGGAUUUGUGUUUUCGGUUUCACUAUAUCUGUGAUUGUGCUGGUUGGAGCAUUGGGCAUGGUACCGGCAUGAGUCCAAUGGCACUUAAGAAAGCAACGGUUAUUUUAGAAAAAGUUUUCUCCAAUCGUUUGGCAUCAUUUUAUAUGGUAAACUUUCCACCAUUUAUGGAAACGAUCGUUAACUCUAUAAUAAAGCCAAUUUUGGUACCUAAAAUACGAAAUCGACUUAAAAUAUCUGCUAGUCAAGAUGUUCUGCUUGAAGUCUUUGGCAAAGAAAUAUUACCCACAGAUUUAGGAGGUGAAGAAAAAUCUGCUAAAGAAUUGAAUGAUAUGCUUUCGAAAAAAUACGAAGAACACAAAGACAUGUACCUCAAAUUGGAAAAACUCAGUGUAGACGAAACGUUACGACCAGCCAAACUUAGGAACGACGAUAUUCUAGGUUAUUAUGGAAAUUUUAAGAAAAUUAAUGUAGACUAA